AAAUUUGAAACUAACGACCCAUUUAUACUAAAACUCGAUAAAUUUCAAGAACACUCUCGUGUCUUUGUUUGUGCUACUUCGAAUCUGUCUCACAGCCAUGGACCCUCUAUCAGCUUUGCGAGAAUACACCAUUAGAGGCGAGCUCGAUAAGAUCAUUCGAUACAACGAUGAGUUCCGUUUUGGUUCGGAUUAUAGCUGCCCUUGUUCUACUCCGACCGCUUACCGAUCCAAACAAGGCAAUCUCUAUACCCUCGAUACCUUAGUUUAUUACAUCAAAAACCAUCAUGUGAAGCACACCGAGUACAUCCAGCACGCUCGCACGCAGGGCGUCCAAACUGUCACCUUCCCCGAUCGAAAGCCCCUACUUGAUUACCUUACUGGUAAAGUCUCCACUUCCGAUUCUAUCGAAUUUCUCGUCCCCCAAAACCCUAGAUUUCCCGAUUUGCCCCUUCCUUCGAUCGACGAAUACCGUCCGGACGAUGCUGUUGUUGCUGGUUCGAACGACGUCGUUGAGCCUGGCCUUGUUGAUGAUAGACCUAGGGUUUUUGGGGAGCCCGAGAGGGUCGACUAUAUGGCGUUGAUUAGAUCGAGCGAGCGACCACUAAAGGACCGUGAAGCUUUGUUGGAGAGCAAAGGUAGGAAUUUUCAUAGUGUUCUGUUGGCUUCGACGCGGCGCGAGGAGGAACGACAGCGUAUCGAGUCGCAGCAGAGGAAAGAUGGGUUGGUGGCUAAGAGUCGGCUUAUGACCGCCGACGACAGAGGUAUGGGUGGCUACGGUGAUGAAAUGGGUUACGACCCUAACCCGAAACCGAAGAUGCAUAUGAAGGGAGGCAAAAUUGGGGAAGGGGUUCCAAUAAUUUUAGUGCCGAGUGCGUUUCAGACUCUGAUUACGAUGUACAAUGUGAAGGAGUUUUUGGAAGAUGGGGUUUAUAUACCAACUGAUGUAAAGGCGAAGCAGAUGAAGGGACUGAAACCAGAUUGUGUAACAGUACAGAAGAAGUUCAGUAGGGAUAGGGACAGGGUGGUGACUGCCUAUGAGGUUAGGGACAAGCCCUCUGCUUUGAAGGCUGAGGAUUGGGAUCGAGUUGUGGCAGUUUUUGUUUUGGGAAAGGAUUGGCAAUUCAAAGACUGGCCUUACAAGGACCAUGUUGAAAUUUUCAAUAAAAUUAAGGGAUUUUUUAUGCGCUUUGAAGAUGACAGUUUGGAAUCGGCCAAGACUGUGAAGCAGUGGAAUGUGAAGAUUAUCUCAAUUAGUAAGAACAAACGGCAUCAAGAUAGAGCUGCAGCAUUAGAGGUGUGGGAUAGACUCGAAGAGUUUGUGCGAUCACGUUCUCAUUCUUGAUGUGCACCAAGUUUAGGGCAAUGAAAUCAGUUGUGCCAUGGUUGAUGAGAUUGUAUCCACCGUACAUGAUACUGGGACAAGGGCCAUAGUAGAGUGGCUUAGCCAAGGGUUGAGUGACAGGACAUAUUUUUUUCUUUCUUAGAACGAAAAACGCUUUUCUUUGUUUGGAAAAAAAAAAACAAGUAAUUGAUCUCAUAGAUUGUUUGGUCCGUUUUAAGCUUUGACUGCUUCAGGCAAGUUGGCACUUGAAGAAAGCCACAUACGAGUGAGUCAAGUUGCAGAGUACAUGAUCACUCGAUGGACUCUUCAAUCAACCAUUUGUUUGUUCUGAUUACCAAGUUUUCCCCAAUUGUAGCUCUCAUUGUAUCCCAGAGCAUUUUCCAAGUUUCUGGGGUGUCCUCAUAUUAUCGGAAUGAGAUACUUCAAUUCUAAACAGCCAAUGUAAGUCGCAAACCACAACACUUUUAUUAAAUAUAGAAGAGAGUAUGCAUCAACUGGUCUCUUCAGUAAAUACAAAACAAUGAUAAACCCUAAGUAGGGUUUCAAAAUAAAUAACACUGCACACCUCUCUAAAUCUAGAUCAGAACAAAUGAAGAAUACAAUCACAACAUCUAUGUAUAAGAGUUCUGGGAACUCUGAAGUACAGACUAAACUGGAAAGAAUCAGUGUGUUGCAAAGGCUGAAGUAUAUGCAGCCACAAGAAGAGCAAAGAAGAACAUUGGAGUUGAAAUCUUGAUGGAACUUCCAGAAGAUGUGCCAUUAUCAGUACUUGCUAAAAUUUUCAAGAACAUUUAUGUACCUGAAGAAGUGUUUGGAGUAUCUGAAACUGGUGUUCCUGCUGGAGAGUCUGAUGGAGAAGCAGCUGUCACACAUGAUUUGAACAGCGGCUAAGUGGAGGAGUCUGGACAUUGCAGGCACCAGGGAGUGCCAAAGCCUGAGUUUGAUUAAUAUUAAUGCCUAGUGAAGAGCCACCGCCAUUGAGGACCUGACACAAGCACUGUGGCUCAGAGCGGACUACUGUGGCGAGCUGAGAGCAGCAUCCUGAAGAUGGACUGGAGGAAUUUCCGGUGAUGUAGUUCAGGCAUGGUGACAUGCCCACCAGUGCAUUAGUACAACUCUGCUGUGCAGCCACCAUUGCCCAACACGAUGUGGCUAGUACAACAGCAAGGAUGAAGAAACUUCUUUGUGCCAUUCUUUUAAGAUUGGUUUUUUCUUGAAUAUAGAAAAAGCUCAAAGCGCCAAUAAGAGUUGUAUGUUCUGAUGGUGUUUAAUUGGUUUGUCCAGGUUGAGAAUUAGAAGAGACGUGAGUGGCUUUUGUAGGGAAAUGGGAAGAGGAAAGAGACAAAAGAAAGGAUGGGGUAUAUUGGUGACCAACUCUUCCUACUUCUGGUAAACGAGUACCUGUUUGAAACCUCAAAAUAUGUUGUGCUUGCAAGAUGAAUUUGACUUGAUAUGGAAUUGAUUUUGUGUUAUUUUGAUGGUCGGUUAUACUGGUGAACGACUCAUUCUAAACUAUAUAUGAAAUUCAAUGUUUGGAGAUUUACUUGGAAUGAAAAUGUUUUUAAGAAAAAUUUGGUAAUUUGAGCCACAAAGGUUGUUUAGUUAAAAGUCAGAAAGAAUCUUAAGAAGAUGGAUAGAGCAGAUAGAAGGGUGGUGCACUUACCCCGUCUGGAAUAUUGCAUGGCUCCUUGUGACUGUGACAUCUGUCCCUGCUUGAUUGCUUCAGAUGCAAAUCUAAAAGUUGACUUCUCAGCUUUCAUAGACACCUGUAAAAGAUCAUUCCACCUAUGCUUGGCUCCAUCCAUCGGGCUAGACUGAGACCUUAACGGGCGGUUCGCCCCGUUUUAGCCGGGCUGUAGUGGAAAUAGGAUUGGAGAGUUUUGUCAAUAUCAAAUAGGAUAAAAUGGGUUUUUGGUGUUGUGUUCUUCUGUAACAGUUAUCGUUAACUGUUAUUGAACUUAUCUUUUAUAUAAAUAAAACUGAAAACAUUUAA